GCCCACCUAAAAGAAGACUAGUUUCCGGAUCAACACUCCUCAUCCCCCUCCUGGUCCGGCCGCCGGCCCCCAGUUUAGAUUUUUCUCCAACAAAUUACGCGUCACGAGUCAACAAUAGAAUGCAACAGCAGUCCGCACAAACAAAAAGAGAAGGAAAAGGAAAUCAAAAUCAAUCUUCAGUUCUAUUAGAAAAAAAUUGCAGAAGACGAACGGAAUUCCAGGAAUAAUUUCAUUUCUUUUGCGCGUCGGAUCGGCAGAGUCCCGUUAGCAAGAAAGAGGGCCAUAUCAUAUGGGUAGCAAGAAUGAGGAGCCGGCGAUCGGUAUACCCUACAACGCUGCCUACCAAUACCCCCACGAGGCCCCUAUGCCGCCGCCCCACCAAAACCAGUCCUACUACGUUGGCCAAAACCCUUAUCAAUCCGGCGCCAUCCCACCCAGCGCCCUCGUCGGCGACCCAAAAGGCAUACCCAUUCAGCAGACUAUUUUCAGAGACACCCCUGCCCCCUUUAACUGCCCUCACUGUGCUUCUUCUGGUCUCACAACCCUCAGAUCAAAACCCAGUUUGGCAGCCGUUGUUGGUUGCAUGAUGCCUAUGAUGCUUGGAGUUUGCUUUCUUUGUCCUUCCAUGGAUUGUCUCUGGCACAAGUAUCACUAUUGCCCGAGUUGCGGAGAGAAGGUUGCUGACUUUGAGAAGCCGGAUCCCUGUUUGGUGAUGGAUCCUCCUCAGUGGACACAAGCGAGCUUUGCACUGCCUGCAUAACUUGCAUGGUGCCUGUAAUUUCUUUUUCUUUUAAUGUAAUUUCUUACUCGUAAAACCUGAUUGAAGUAAGACUGUAUUUACUUCAAUGAUGAAAAAACUGUUGUGAAGUUUAUUGGUGAUACGUGGGUAAAGCUAUGUACAAAAUACUUCAUUUUGUUAAUAUAUGGUAGGCAGGGCUAUACUUGAUUGCACAAUUGAAGCUUGUCAAGAUGGAAUUGCUAUACCAUGAUAAUUCUUACACAAAUAUAUCUCCUAAUACGUGGAGCAGGACAUCUGG